AUGGGUGGAAACAGGGUCACUUUUCCCCACCCAAUUUCUCCGCGCGACGCCUCCGUCUCCCUCGACCUCCUCACCGCCCACGCCCAGGCCAGGGCCACCUUCCAGGUCAGGCUGCUCCACCAGGCCGGCAAGCUGCCGCCCUCCGUCGUGCUCGCCCGGUACAAGCCCCUGCUCUUCCGCUCCAACCCGCCCACAUACAUGAGCGAGGACUUCCUGCAGCCAUUGCCCUACCUGCACGCUGACGACAGCCUCGUGGUCGAGUGCGACAUCACUGUCAUCAAAGAACCCGAGCUGGCCCUGAUUCCCACCACCUUCGACAUCAAAGUGCCUCCCUCCGACCUCUCACAUAACCUCAGACAACUCCUGGACACCGGGGACGAAUCCGACGUCGCCUUCGAGGUCCGAGGGGAGGUGUUCCCCGCGCACAAGCUCGUGCUCGCGAUGCGGUCGCGGGUCUUCAAAGCCGACCUCUUCGGCCCGAUGGGCGACAGGGCAAGGAAGACCAUACCCAUAGAGGAUAUGCAGCCCGCUGUCUUCGGCGCGCUGCUCCACUUCAUCUACACGGAUUCGCUUCCAUCCAUGGACCAUCUCGUUGGAGAUGAUGCUGAGGAAAUGGUGAAGCACCUGCUCGUGGAUGCGGAUAGGUACGCCAUGGAAAGGAUGAAGGUGCUGUGCGAGAGCAUCCUUUGCAGGACUCUUAAUGUUCGGAAUGUCACCACUACUCUAGCUCUAGCCGACCAGCACCAGUGCUGCCGCCUCAAAGAUGCUUGCCUUGACUUUAUCGCUUCUCCGGACAGAACGGAUGAUGUGGUGGCAAGCGAAGGCUAUGCUUGCCUCAAAAGAUCUUGCCCUGCUGUCAUAGCAGAUAUCUUCGAGAGGGCAACCAAGUCUCGCAAAAUCUAGUAUCUUCAUCCUUGGUUAUUAGCUGUAUAUAGAUUAUGAAAAUUUGUUUUAUCAUUCAGCUAAUUCUAGUGAUCUUGUCAUUUGAGAAUCUCAGGCUCUUGCAAAUGAUGAUCUCUCUAUGUGAUGAUGAUGCGGCAUCUUAACUAUGUCCUGUAUCUAAUGCCGCAUCUGAAUAAAAUCUGGGCUAGCUUGCUACUAUUCUCUAAAA